AUGGCGUCCUGCAAGCCUGUCAUCGUCCUCGCCGCCCUCCUCCUCACCGCCCUCGUCAUUCCUACGGAUGCGCAGCAGACACCACAUAUAGAUUGCCUGUCAGCAUGCAAUGCUCGUUGCUCGAAGAACUGGAGGAACAAGAUAUGUAACAAGGACUGCAAUAUUUGUUGCGACAAGUGUAACUGCAUCCCUUCCGGCACCGGCCAGGAGACCCGUAAUGAAUGCCCCUGCUACGCCAACUUGGUCGACUCAAAGACCGGCAAGCUCAAGUGCCCGUAG